AUGGUAGACUUCUCUUGCGGUGGUGGCCGGCCAGAAGCAGGUUGCAUGAAAGAGGGGACUGAAGGGGAGCGAAGAGGAGGGAAGAGGCGAAAAUGCUUCUGGGGAGACGAAAUGGAGGCUUGGCCGGGUGAGAUGAUGCCUGUUUCCAUGUUGGCCCAAGUUGCACACCGACGACACCGUAUUUUCGGCUUGGCAACCGUGUCGCGUCUGCCUAACGCCAGCUCGGGUGAAUCGUGGGGUGCCGAGAUUCAUCAAACAUGUCACGUCUUUGACAGACGGCCAGAGUGGGAUGUCAACGGGUUGUUGCUGCUCGGGCAACCCGGGGGGCUUCGGCAGCUCUUGGACCGAGGAAACAACUGUCCAUCUCCGCGCUCUGCACUACGUCAACAUUUCGUGUUCGUGUGCAAUCAGCAGUUAGGCAGCAGUUUAAUUACACAUCAUGACUACCGCUUCUGGGGCGUUUGCCUCCUCGAUCAGUCUCAAAGCUAA